AUGGCCACUGCCGACGAGGAUCAGGCCGCUGUGGCCUCCGAUGCCGCCGACGGCACGUCCUAUGCUUUUGUCUACGGUACUCUAAUGGCACCUGAGGUCUUCUUCACCGUCUGCUUCCGCCUCGCCCAACCGCCACCGGCUCUCGUCCGCGAGUAUGUGUUUCGCAACGCUGUCCUUCCCGGCUACACCCGCCACCGUGUCCGGUACCAGGAGUACCCGGGCAUCGUGCCGGACGACGCAGAGGGCGCCAGCGUCCGCGGUAUUCUCAUUGGCGGCGUCACGCCGGCCAACCAGCACCACCUCGACGUAUUUGAGGGCUCCGAGUACGAGCGCCGGACGGUCGAUGUUGUCUUGGACGAGGACACCAGUAAUGGUCAGACGACCGAAACGACCGAAACGACCGAAAAGACCGAAAAGACUGAAAAUACGAAGCAGAAGAAAACAGUCAAAGCGCAGGUGUACGUGUACAAGUACCCCGACGGGCUCGAGCGCCGCGAGUGGGAUUUUGACGAGUUUCGUCGCGAGAAAAUGCACAAAUGGGCGCGGGCCGACUACACUUUUGAAGGGUGCGAUCCAAACGAUCCGGCCACCGUGGCGGCUUAG